AUGUCUCCUAGACGCCGGUUGCAAGUGUGGCACUUGGAUGAGUCGACUGCUUCGGCAGUCAUUCGCCUGCCGACGACAGCGUACCAGCGUGCCAUCCGGGGCAACUACCACCAGUGCGGUCUUGUCGGCCACACGGUGGCAGACUGCCCCGAGCACAGCCGCCGCGCCAGCGGCGGCCAGGCCGCACUGAGCAAGCGCGCCGCGACUCCCCUCUCAUCGCCGCAUGGUAGGGGCGUGCUCGUACUCGCCGGAAUGAGCGCCGACAACCCCCUGGACCUCGCCGGGACGACGCAGAGCUAG